AUGGGGACCAAGGAAUUACUUCUAUCUGCUGGUGUUCCAAAUGAUUUUGGAGAAACUCUUAGAAGCAAGAAUGGAAUGUAUAAAGCAACAACAUACGAACCGUCCAAUAAAAAUAAACCGUAUCAGCCCAAGAAAUGUUCCACUCCCAAACCUUACGAAGGACACACAUACAAACAUACCAUCAAACCAGUACGUGAAAGCAGAGUAUACGAGCCCCAUACUUAUGAUCACGUGUACGUCAUGUCGAAGAUAUAUCACGAAAAACCAAAGAAAGAGAACACAAAGAAAGCCACGACACCACCCCCUCAGAAACCAAAAACACCUCCAUCUCGCCAACCCUCUCCUCCCCUGCCAUACAGUGCAGUGGAAACCAUCAGGAGGUCCAACCUGUUGGCGCAAGUAAGCACAGCAUCACCGGAACAUAGCUACUCUGUGUUCAGCUGACAAGAGACCUGCUUCCGGUCAUGGUAUACGUCGACAAAGAACGCUUUGUGUGCAGUAUUUUGAGCAUAUGCAAGCAUGAUAU